GCGCAUCCCGUCCGACGCCGCCAUUUUGUCGCCGCGUUGGGGAUUUCGGCGAGUGCGGCGGAUCUUGCGCUCCGGGGAGAAGCGUCGCCAUGCCGACGGGGCCGGUGCAGGCCAUGGCGCCCGCUCAGGUAGCGCCGCCUGAAGCGAAGCAGCCGGAAGAUGAACCAAAAGAAGAAGCCACCCCUGCCAAGCCUGUCGUGGGAAUUAUUUAUCCUCCUCCAGAAGUUAGGAAUAUUGUGGACAAGACUGCCAGCUUUGUAGCCAGAAAUGGCCCCGAGUUUGAAGCCCGUAUCCGUCAGAAUGAGAUCAAUAACCCCAAGUUCAACUUCUUGAACCCCAACGACCCUUACCAUGCCUACUAUCGGCACAAAGUUAAUGAGUUCAAGGAGGGGAAAGCCCAGGAGCCCUCGGCAGCCAUCCCGAAGGUCAUGCAGGCUCAGCAGAGCGCCCAGCAGCAGCUUCCCCAAAAGGUACAGGCCCAGGUGAUUCAGGAGUCAGUUGUGCCGAAGGAGCCGCCUCCCGAGUUUGAGUUCAUUGCGGAUCCUCCCUCGAUCUCUGCCUUUGACUUGGAUGUGGUCAAACUCACGGCCCAGUUUGUUGCUCGCAACGGCAGGCAAUUCCUCACCCAGCUGAUGCAGAAAGAACAAAGGAACUACCAGUUUGAUUUUCUGCGGCCCCAACAUAGUCUUUUCAACUAUUUCACCAAACUGGUUGAACAAUACACCAAGAUCUUGAUUCCACCAAAAGGACUAAUUAUAAAACUAAAGAAGGAGGCAGAGAACCCUAAAGAAGUCUUGGACCAGGUUUGCUACAGAGUGGAGUGGGCCAAGUUUCAGGAGCGAGAGCGGAAGAAAGAAGAGGAGGAAAAGGAACGAGAGCGGGUCGCUUAUGCCCAGAUCGACUGGCAUGAUUUUGUGGUGGUUGAAACCGUGGACUUCCAGCCCUCGGAGCCAGGGAACUUUCCUCCGCCGACCACUCCGGAGGAGCUGGGUGCCCGAAUUCUGAUCCAAGAGCGCUAUGAGAAGUUUGGCGAAAGCGAGGAAGUGGAGAUGGAAGUGGAGUCAGACGAGGAAGACGAGAAGACGGAGAAGACAGAAGAGACGCCCUCCCAGCUGGACCAGGACACCCAAGUGCAGGACAUGGAUGAAGGGUCUGAUGAAGAAGAUGAGAAUCAGAAGGCACCCCCUCCUCCAGAAGCCCCGAUGCCACCCCCUCUUCCUCCUACUCCGGACCAGGUCAUUGUGAGGAAAGAUUAUGAUCCUAAGGCUUCCAAGCCUUUGCCGCCAACUCCUGCCCCGGAUGAGUAUCUCGUCUCUCCCAUCACGGGGGAGAAAAUUCCCGCCAGCAAAAUGCAGGAGCACAUGCGCAUUGGGCUUCUGGACCCUCGCUGGUUGGAACAGAGGGAUCGCUCUCUCCGGGAGAAGCAAACCGACGACGAGGUCUACGCCCCAGGUUUGGAUAUUGAAAGCAGCUUGAAACAGCUGGCUGAGCGCCGUACCGAUAUUUUUGGUGUGGAAGAAACAGCCAUUGGCAAGAAGAUUGGAGAAGAGGAGAUUCAGAAGCCAGAAGAGAAGGUGACCUGGGACGGUCAUUCCGGCAGCAUGGCCCGAACCCAGCAAGCCGCUCAGGCCAACAUCACUCUGCAGGAGCAGAUUGAGGCGAUCCAUAAGGCCAAAGGGCUGGUGCCGGAGGACGACAGCAAGGAGAAGAUCGGUCCGAGCAAGCCCAACGAGAUGCCCCAGCCGCCGCCACCACCGUCCUCCGCCCCAAACAUUCCAACGAGCGCCCCACCGAUCGCCUCUGUGCCCCGUCCCCCUUCGAUGCCGCCUCCUGUUCGUACCACAGUGGUCAGCGCUGUCCCUGUGAUGCCUCGUCCCCCAAACCCGAUGACGUCCGUGGUCCGCUUGCCACCGGGCUCCGUCAUUGCGACGCCGAUGCCACCGAUCAUACACGCUCCGAGGAUCAAUGUUGUGCCGAUGCCCCCUUCGGCUCCGCCCAUGAUGGCGCCGCGCCCGCCUCCCAUGAUCGUGCCAACAGGAUACAGACAGGGACCAGUCAGCAGCCCAGCAUUUGUUCCAGCUCCUCCUGUACCUCCGGUCAGUGCUCCGGCGCCUAUGCCUCCUGUUCACCCACCACCGCCCAUGGAUGAUGAGCCUGCCUCUAAGAAACUGAAGUCUGAAGACAGCCUCAUGCCGGAAGAGGAGUUCCUGAGGAGGAACAAGGGCCCUGUCACUGUCAAAGUCCAGGUCCCCAACAUGCAGGACAAGACCGAAUGGAAGCUGAAUGGGCAGGUGCUGGUCUUUACGCUCCCUCUUUCUGACCAGGUCUCUGUGAUAAAGGUUAAGAUCCACGAAGCCACCGGAAUGCCUGCUGGCAAGCAGAAACUCCAGUAUGAGGGCAUUUUCAUCAAGGAUUCCAACUCCUUGGCUUACUACAACAUGACCAGUGGGUCCGUGAUUCACUUAGCGCUCAAAGAAAGAGGUGGGAGGAAGAAGUAGGAUUUCUCUGCGAAGCAACUGCUGUACAGGAUGGUGCAAGACCAGCUGCUCGAAUCCCCCAGCUUUCUCGAGGAGCAGGAGCAUGGCAUUCCUUCUGCGGCUGUGCUUUGGAGACGUGCUUUUCUCUCUUGGUCCCCAGGGACUGGACAAAGGAGGAGCUACUACCCAUCCAGUUGCUGUGAAGUGUUUGGAUUGUAAUUUUAUUUUUUGCCGCUUGCUCUAUAUUCAUUGUGCUGCCGGCACUGUGUCUUUGCUAGCGUCCCAAUUAGUGGUCCUGUUUUUUUCCCAGAGCAGCAUUUUGCCUUGUGUUGGCUUUUCUUCCUAACUUGGACCUGUUCUUUCUGGUUUUGGAAGGGUUGGCUGGCAGGCAUAGGAAGACAUUUGUCUGAUAGGUGAAACGUUCCAGUCAUCUUCUUUUGUUAACGCUCACUGGUAUAAUAAAAUCAUUUGUGAUGUCCCAUGUGAAAUAUGUGAUAACCCUGAUGAUAAAAAUAUCCUAGCUGUAGAAAGGGAGAGAUCCAGGUUUACGUGUGAUGCACGAGCCAGAAUCUUGUUGGUUAGUUAAUCCAGCGUAAGUGAAGUGGUGUAAAUAAGCAGUAGUGACAGGCCGGUAGUUAAUCAGUCUGCCAGAGAGAUGACAGGUGACUGAAAGACUUGGGAAAAUUCCAUCCCUCAUUGAUGCCGUGUAACCUGUUGACAGAAAACCACAUGUUCCUUCAUAAUUCAGUGUUGGGAAAUUAUUUUAAAUCCAUGUUUGAAAACAUGUCAGUCCUAGGUGUAUCUCAGAUUUAGACAAAAGGUUAAAGGGAUAGCCUGACUUUGGAAGAUGGUGGGUGAAAUCCUGUUGCACUGGGCAUAGCAUGAAGUCUGUAGGGAGUUAUGGCCAGGCAGUCUGCAUUUCCUGCCUGACUACGUAGCUGAUGGUGGAACUACUUGUGUCGCUUCAAGUUAUGUGGGUGUAGCUGUGUGCCAGGACUUUGGCCCUUUGGUUUAAAAUGCAGUUUGCGCUUAACUCUCUGCGGUUGCCAUCUCUGCGGUGCACCAUCCCUUGCUGUUUAGGUGCAUUGGUGCAAAAUGCAGUUAAACCUUUGUGAUGUUGAAGAUUAAAGUAUUCUCAAGAUGUUAA